UGAACGAAUCGUUCACUCACGAUCCAACACGCUUGUCGACACGUGUGCUGCGCGUCGUCGAACGAAAAAAGAAAUAACAACGAACUUCACCUUUUGGCACAUUUAUUUGGAGCCGUUUUUUUAUAUAUAUAUCUUUGACGGCUUCGCCGGUUGAACGGUCAAGAUGGUGAAACCUCAAUUCAAGGGGAAAAGCUCGAUAAAUCGUUCGACGUCCAGUAGCAACCCUGAUCGGGUCACGGGUGGGGGCAGCACCAUGAGGGAUCGCGCUACCAUCAGACGUCUGAAUAUGUACCGACAAAAACAGAGAUGUAACAACCGAGGAAAAGUCGUCAAGCCCUUACAAUACCAGUCUACUGUGACUCCCGGGACAGUGGCUCGAGUGGAACCCAACAUCAAGUGGUUUACAAACACUCGGGUGAUCAAGCAAUCAUCCCUGCAGAGGUUCCAAGAAGAGAUGGGUGCUGUGAAGAAGGAUCCGUACCGCGUUGUGAUGAGACCCAGCAAAGUGCCUAUGACGCUGCUGCACGACCGAGUCAAAGCGCACAACUCCAAAGUGCACAUUUUAGACACGGAGGCUUUUCAGACCACCUUUGGACCCAAGGCACAGCGGAAGCGGCCCAGUCUCGUGGUGACCGACGUCAAGGACCUGUUGGAGCAAGCCCAAGCUUCGUCCUUGAGCUACGAUGCCGAAAAGGACAAAGACUUGGUGACGGAGGACACGGGGGUCCGGGACGCGGUCCGCGAAGAGAUUUUCAAAAAGGGUCAGUCCAAGAGGAUUUGGGGAGAACUUUACAAGGUGAUCGACUCGUCCGACGUGGUCAUCCAAGUGCUGGACGCCCGCGACCCGAUGGGCACCCGCUCGCAGAGUAUCGAGGCUUACAUCAAGAAGGAGAAGUCGUGGAAGCACUUGAUCUUUGUGCUCAACAAGUGCGACCUCAUCCCUACUUGGGUCACCAAACGCUGGGUGGCGCUAUUGUCCCAGGAGUACCCCACCCUGGCUUUCCACGCCAGUCUCACCAACUCCUUUGGUAAAGGCUCCCUCAUUCAGCUCCUCAGGCAGUUUGGCAAGCUCCACACAGAUAAGAAACAGAUCAGCGUGGGCUUCAUCGGUUACCCCAACGUGGGCAAAAGCUCUGUCAUCAACACGCUGCGCUCCAAGAAAGUCUGCAAUGUGGCGCCCAUUGCUGGAGAAACCAAGGUGUGGCAGUAUAUCACCUUGAUGCGACGCAUCUUCCUCAUUGAUUGUCCCGGUGUGGUCUACCCUUCAGAGGACAGCGAAACGGAUAUUGUUCUCAAAGGAGUGGUCCAAGUGGAGAAGAUCAAGGACCCCGAGGAGCACAUCGGUGCAGUGCUGGAGCGGGCCAAGCCGGAGUACAUCCAGAAGACGUACCGCAUCCCCACGUGGAGCUCGGCAGAGGAUUUCCUCGAGAAGUUGGCCUUCCGCACCGGCAAACUUCUGAAAGGCGGAGAGCCAGAUCUGCCCACGGUGUCCAAGAUGGUGUUAAAUGAUUGGCAGAGGGGGCGGAUACCUUUUUUUGUGAAGCCUCCCGGCCCCGACUUUGACCAAGAGGAAGUCGAAGCUCCCCCGUUGGCAGUAGCCAACGCGCAAGAAGUCCAGACGGAGGAGGCCGUCGUCGGCGCUGAAGACGAAGAGCGGCAGAAACGGCAAAAGAAGGAGGAGCUUCACAAGAUUUUGUCCAACGUGCGGCAGAACUUCGGCAAGAUCAACGUGGCGCCCGAAUUCAACGAGGAGGACCUGGUCCCCGUGGAGAUGCCCGACCUGGACAUCUCCGGCUCGGAAGCCGAGGAGGAGGACGACAGUGAGGAAGAGGAGGAGGAGGGUGGAAAGGAAGAAGAGAAAGCGGGAGGCAGCGAGCCGGCCGCCCAAGAGAAUCCCCUUGUCAAGAAGAAUUCCAAACAGGUGAUCCGCGAGCUGGACGAGAAGAUCGCCAAAUACAAGCAGUUUCUGGACCGGGCCAAAUCCAAACGCUUCUCUGCCAUCAGGAUACCAAAAGCUGAUUCGGACAAACUGCUAUCUAACAUCAAGACCAAACAAACGCAGAUGAAAGUCACUGCUCAGACAAACAGAAAGAGGAAAGCUGACAGCGCCGAUGAGGAAGACGGCCAAUCCGCCCGACGACCCAAACUCUCGUCCAAAGAGAGAAGAGCGAUGGAUCGCGCCCAGCGCUCCAAGAAAGUCGGCUCGCGCUACUACGAAACGCACAACGUCAAGAACAGGAACAAGGACAAGAAGAUGGAGAGCCCAGCGCCAACGUCGGAGGGCAGAAAAGCCAAGAGAGCUAAGCGCUGAAGGAGAGCAAUAAAAUCCAAGACUUUGAA